GUGUAUUUUGAAAAGAAAGCAAAGUAGGUGAAAACAAUGAACCAUAAGAAACAAACAUAGUACUAGUAGUGUUGUUGUUGUUGUUUCAUUUCAUUUAUUUAAUUUUGGUCCUCUCCGUUAUUGAAGAGUCCGUCUUUCGUUACAUAAACAAACCCAUCUUCUCUCUCAUUCAUUCUUAUUAUGCGUUUCUCAUUACUACUCUUCCUCCUCCUUUAAUUCCUUCAUCUAUUUCCCACCUUAUUCCUACACCAUCACAAUUUCCCACACACCCCCCAUUCUCAUUCUCUCUCUUAACUAUUCAUAUUCAAUGGCUGUUCAAGCUCAAUACCCUUCCAAUGCACUCUUUCUCAACGCCAAAAACAACCAACAAGGUGAAUAUGAUUUUUCAUUACAACAACAACAACAUCAACCUGAUCAUCAAUCAAAUAUGAUCCUCUUCAACACUCCAGGCACUCAUUCUCGAAAAAGAGGAAGAGAAACAUCUCAUAAUAUCAUGAAUCCCUUCUCUUUACAAUCUCAAUCUCCUCAUCUCAUAGACAUUACUCAACUCCACAAUCAACCACAACAAAUUGUUUCUACCGGUUUAGGUUUAUCCUUCGGCGAUCAACAACAACAUCAACAAAGACUACAAUUGCAGCAACAACAGCAACAAAAUCAACAUGGAUAUGAUACAUCUCAUUUCUUAUCUCUAUUGUCUCAUGGCUUAGCCUCACAAAUCAAACAACAAAAAGACGAAAUAGACCAAUUUCUUCAAUCCCAGGGAGAAGAGUUACAACGGACAUUAGAGGAAAAGAGACAGAGAAACUACCGGGCAAUAAUAAAAACAGCAGAAGAAACGGUGGCGCGUAGAUUAAGAGAAAAAGAAAUCGAAGUCGAAAAAGCCACGCGCAGGAACAUAGAGUUAGAAUCACGCGCGGCGCAGCUUAGAGCCGAAUCACAAAUAUGGCAAGCGAAAGCGAAAGCGCAGGAAGCAACAGCGAUAUCUCUCCAAACGCAGCUGCAUCAGGCUAUGAUGAGCACCGGCGCAGAAAACAGAGGUGAAGAAGGUUGCGGGCUAUCGUGCGCUUUGGGUGUAGAAGGACACGCGGAAGAUGCGGAAUCGGGUUAUAUUGACCCGGAAAGGGCUGUGUCGGGUCCAAAAUGUAGAGGCUGUGGAAAACGGGUUGCGUCGGUUGUUGUGUUGCCGUGCCGUCAUUUAUGUGUGUGCACCGAAUGCGACGCCCGUUUCCGUGUUUGUCCCGUUUGUCUCACCGUUAAAAAUUCAACGGUUGAGAUUUAUCUAUCUUAGUUGGGUUUUCAUAAUCACAUUGAUGAUGCAUGUUCAUCACAAAAAUAAUUAAAAAAAAAUGAUAAUUUUUUUUUUUGAAGUUACCUAGGUGGUGAUGUACAUGUCAUGGCCACAUGGAUAGUGGCAUUUUUUUGUUGUUGGGUUCUUCUCACUCUGGAAAUUUUAUUUUAUUCUAUUCUAUUGAAUUUAUAUAUUUAAUUUAA